AUGGAGUGUCAAACUUGUCAUAACUACCAUCGUAAAUUUUAUUGUGCUAAUUGUCUCCUCGAAAGAUUAAAAAAGUAUAAUUCCGAAUACAAAAAAAUCACCCUCGUCAAACAGCAAAAAAUAGAGCGAGCUAAUAAAUUUCUUUCAGGAUCUGUAAGAAAUCUUCAAAUAAGUUUAGCUGAUAAACAUAAUAGACUACAAAAACUAAACAACUUGGAAAUCGAAGUGAAAAAAAGAAAAGAAGAAAUAAGUAGAGAUCGUCAAGAAAUCGAUUCAAGAAAAAAAAUUUUACAAUCAAGAAGACAAUUAUUAUUAGACACGCAUACUUAUUUUAAAAAAUUUAAAUCACAUCAAAAAUCUAUUAUAACAAAAGAUAUUGACAAUAUUAAAGAAAAUUGGCGCAAUGUACAUCAAGUCUUAAUUCAGUCAAGAAAAGUUUUGAUUAGUGAAUUGGUUUCUAUAUUUGAUUUAAAAAAAUUAAAUGAUUAUGAAAUAAAAUAUUAUCAAAAUAACGAUGAUGGAGGCAUCAAUAUAGAAAAUAAUGUAAUGUCUUUAUCAACAAAUGGAAUAGGAAAAAAUGAAGAUUUUGAAUUUUCUAUUGCUGGAAGAACUUUGCCAAGAAAAUUCGAUUUUACAAAUUAUCAAUUUGAGGAAAUCAAUACAGCGGUGGGCCACGUAAUACAUAUGUUAGGUUUAGUAGCGCAUUAUCUUGGUGUAAAUCUUCCAUUUACGUUAGAUUUAAUUUUAUUAAAAAUAUCAGUAAUAACGAAGGACUUUGAUAAUAAUAGUAAAAGGACACCACUCUUUUUAACAGUCGAAAAUCUGGAAAGUUUUACCGUAGGAAUGGCCAUGUUGAAUUAUAAUAUUGCUUAUCUAUGUCAUACUCAAGGUAUUGAAAUACCUUAUCAUAAAGUUCCUCAUACUUUACAUAAUUUAUUUCUUUGUUGCCAUGCUUCUAAUCUUGGAAGGUAUGGACAUCUUACUGAAAUUUAUCGAAAACCCGAUCAAUCGUUUAAUUUGGAUUUUCAAGAAGUUGUGCGAAUGAUGUUGGCACCUAGAAAUGGUUCAGAUAUAAAAUAUGAUUUAUUAAUUUACAAUAUUAUCGGAACUACUUUAAAUGAUUAUUUUGAAGGAGAUAAUGAAGAUGAUAAUGAAAAUGAGGAUGGAGAAAAUUGGGUUCUUUGUGAUACUGUAUAA